AUGGGCAGGGGUUGGGGUCGGAGGUGGAGUGAGGGGGGGGUAGCGGGGGGGGGGGCGGGGGGGUGGGGGGGGGGGGAGGGGUGGGGGGGGGUACGGGGGGCGGAGGGUGGGAGGGCGACGAGUUUAGGGGAUUGGGGGGGGAAGAGGGGGGGGCGGAGGGGGGGGGGGGGGGCACGUGGGGUAGGCGGUGGGUGGGGGCUUUGCGGGGGGGCGGGGAGUGGUGGGAGGGGGAGGGGGCGUGGGCUCGAUUGCGGUGGGGGACGGGGGAAGGAGUCGGGGAGGGUGGGCUGGGUCGGGGUGGGGUGUGAGGGUGGGGGGGGCUAG